AUGCGCCUCCCCACGCAUCCCUCACUCUCGCUCCUCCCACCACCUCUGCUCGUCCUACUCCAAGCGGCUCUCGUCCUCCUCCUCGCGAGACCCCUCCACGCCCUCCCCCAAUACAACUACGACGCCGAAGGCGCCUUUGCCUCGCGCCUGUCCGCCCUCCUCACGCCCACGGCGCCAGCUCUCGCGGCUUUUCCCGCACGCACCCCGACGACCGCAUCCGACAUCGCGCUGCGCUCCUGGACCGGCGGCGGGGCGUCGCCUGCGUUUGCCUUGCUCGUGUCUGACGCGGGGGAGCACGUGAGCGAGCGGGCGAAGGCCGAGAAGGGCCUGUUUGACGAGCAAGGAAAGGAGGAUGCGGACGACGACGAAAGGAAAUUGCACCACCACCACCUGAAUGCCGACGACGGGGAGGAGGCCCGAGAGGGAAAGGCCCUCCUCGUCUUCCUCGACGAUGGCCAUGUCGACGCCGACGCCAACGCCGACACCGACACCACUGCCACUAUCACCACGACGCGCAACGUCGCCAUGCCUCUCCCUACCGCCCCGUCUCUCACCCAGUCCCACCGCCACGACCAGCAGGUUCUAGACCGGUGA